UGUAGUGUCCGGACACACGUGCAUCGACACGUGAGCAUUACGUCACACCGGCGAUGCAGAAAGAUGGCGGCGCCUAUGAGCAACGUGGAAGAGCUACGAAAUAGAGUCAUUUUGAACGAAUUUGGCGUUAGAAAUGUCCACACCACAGACUUCCCUGGUAAUUAUCCAGGUUAUGUUGACUCCUGGAACCUGAAGAAGUUUCAAAAGAAGUUCAGAAUCGAUAUCAUCCAGAUGGACGAAAACUCUAUGGAGUUUGAUAUGGUAGGGAUAGACGCUGCCAUCGCCAAUGCUUUUAGACGCAUAUUACUGGCAGAGGUUCCCACAAUGGCUGUGGAGAAAGUAUUUGUCUACAACAACACAUCGAUCAUUCAGGAUGAGAUUCUGGCUCACAGACUAGGUCUGGUGCCCAUUAAAACCGACCCGCGACUGUUCGAGUACCGAAAUGCAGAUGAUGAAGAAGGCACAGAGAUCGACACAAUUCAGCUUCAGCUGAAGGUGAAAUGUACCAGGAACCCGAGGGCCCCCAGGGACUCUUCUGACCCCAGAGAGCUGUAUAUUAACCAUAUGGUGUACUCUAGAGACAUUAAGUGGGUCCCUAUAGGAAACCAGGCUGAUGUGUUUGGGGAAGCCAUCAUCGCUCCAGUGCACAACGACAUUCUCCUAGCACAGCUGCGGCCGGGACAGGAGCUGGACAUUGUCAUGCACUGUGUGAAGGGCAUUGGUAAGGACCAUGCCAAGUUCUCCCCGGUUGCCACAGCCAGUUAUAGGCUUCUUCCAGAGAUCACCCUUACAGAGCCAGUGGAAGGGGAGAAAGCAGAGAGACUGAAAUCCUGCUUUUCCCCUGGAGUCAUUGAGGUGGAGAAUGUCGAAGGUACACCAGUCGCCAGGGUGGUGAACAGCCGUUUGGACACGUGCAGCCGGGAGGUCCUCCGGCACGAUGACCUGAAGAACGUGGUGAAGCUGGGAAGAGUCCGGGAUCAUUUUAUCUUUUCAGUGGAAUCCACGGGUAUCCUGGCUCCGGAUGUUCUGGUCUGUGAAGCUAUUAAUGUCCUCAUGGCAAAGUGUCGGAAGUUCCUUCAUGAGCUGGAUGCUGCAGAGAUGGAAUGAUGAGCAGGAGGGGCAAUGGACAAGCCCCUCCCUGAAAUUCUGGGGAAGUUUCUGGAUGUGAAGUUCCCAUGGUGACAGGUAGUGCCCCUAUCGGCACAGAUGGAUUUUCAGUUACCUUUUUGCAAAAAUUUGUUUGUUUUUGCCUUUUGCUAUGGAAAUAGAUGUAACUGUAAUUGAGAAAAUGAGUUUAUUUCAUGGAAGAAGGACAUUGUACUACAUUUCUGAAGUGUGUGUAUAUGUACAUUGGUUUAUUUUGUAAUAAAUCUUUAUAGGAUCA